UGCGUGGGCAACACCUCCCUGCAGAGUGAUGUUCAUGAUGAUGACGCCUCGAGUGCCGGAUCUGCAUCAUAUCUGCGCGCCCGGAGGAGUACCAAUUUGAUGUUGAAUAAAUCAAUGCAUGCCAUGAAUGAGGAGCAUAUUUACGAGACGAUUGCACCAGCUGGAAGCUAUAAUGCCUUCAAGGAUUUUACCUGGCGGCGUUCGCCAAAGAAAUCCGGAGGCAGUGGCGGCUGCAAGGCGCGUCUAUCAGCUCCGGAGGCUGCCGAGGAGAAGCUAAACCAGGAGGCUUUCAGAUUGACCAGAACCAUCAGGAAUCUGCUGCACACGUCGGAACAGCAACCGGAUCUCACACAGCCGCGUCACUCGUUGGCCUCCAUUUCCUCGCUACCCUCGGGAAAUCAUCGUCUGUGCAAGGGAAAAACCAGUUCGGUGAGGACAUUGCUGACGCCACCAUUGCACAAUUCCACCAGCAUCAUGAAUGCCACUCUAGAGGCGUCUCCGGCGUCACCGGCUGGGAAAUCCAAUGCGGAAUUGAUCUUUCUGCGGGCCAACAAUAUGCGAGACUCGAGGCUAUCGCUGCGCAGCUCCACCGACAGUUCCGUGCAUUCCACCAUCUCCUCGACGGCAUCCUCUUCCUCGAAAGUGGAAACGGACGAGGAGACCCAGACCCAGACCACCGCCAGCAACAUAGCCAUCAGCAAUAGUAAUAUCAAACCCACCAGUAAUAAGCAGAGCGGCGGUUCUAGUACCGAAGAUGAGAGUGGUUUCAGUUCGAUUAGCUCCUUUCACGAUGUCGGCUUGCCUUUGAGUUCCACCUUGAUGAAUGGUAACCAAAGACGUCUGUCCAUGUCCACGGAUAGCAGGAAUUCCACCCUGAAAUCUGGCUUGAAUAUGCUGGGAUUACCAAUGCAAAAUCAGACUCAAAUUCAAGUUCAGGUUCAAGCUCAGAUUUCCAGCAGUGCAUCGCCCUCAAAAACCUAUCGCAAUGCGAAUCGCUAUCAGCGCUUUUCCACUUUAUCAAACGAAGAUGCAGCAGCCGUACGUAGCAACCGUAUUGUGGGUCUAGAUGGGUGGAAAAUUCUGCUAACGAAAUCACUUUUCAACAUUGAUUUGACUUUCGAAAAUAAGUUCUAA